AACACGGUCAGUGCAGACUUAAAAAUACAGACAGAAAAAGGGUUCAAAUUCUAAUCAAUAUUGGGUUAUCUGGGCUAUCUACCUUCCUUGUAUGUUGCAGUCAGAUCGUUCGCAGCCAAGGUAAGAUGACGAUGAACCUCAAGGACUUAGUUAGCCUCAGGAGAAUGUUAAUCCCUCUGUUAAUGAUAUGCUUCGUGACAUUCGCCUGGCAGUUGGAUGUCAUGUCCAGUUUUACAUUGGAUCCGAAAGUAUUAUAUUUGUACCCUUCUGUGAGGCCGCCGAACAUCAGCAGGAACCAGAAGCUGGAACACAUCGACAGUUCGUUGACACCAGAAACCAACCAAAAACACAAUCAAAUGAGGAAUGCGUACCUAAAACGACUAGCCGGACUUCCUCGACCAGAGUAUCGGUCAGCAAAAUUGUUCAAAGAAUUUGGAGAACCAGUUUAUAAAAUGUUACCGUCCAAUUCCACAAGGGUUAAAAAAAUAUUGAUGUGGACAGGAUUUUUCGGCAACACCAGCUUUAUCCCUAAAAACAUAUCAAUUGGUAAAAACAGGUACUGUAUAGGGACACACAACAGAACACAAUUACUGUCGAGCGAUCUUGUGAUAAUGCACGCUAGGGAUAUGAAGCAAGGUGCAAAAAGCUUGCCACCUGAACGACGCCCGUUCCAGAGAUGGGCUUAUUUCGUAUUGGAAUCGCCGUUUAAUAGAGGGCUUGAUGUUCGUCAGUUCAACGGAAUAUUUAACUGGACUCUAACAUACAGAGAUGAUACCGAUGUUGCCAUGCCAUAUUUUCAUGUGCGAAAAAGAGAAAGACCAUUAACGCCAGCAAACUAUAGAGAAUUAUAUGCAAAUAUUUACAGGUCUAAAUCAAAGCUCAUCUCGUAUGUGAAUAGCCAUUGUCACACACCUCAUUCGAAAAGACUUGAAUAUAUGAAAGAACUUAGUCAGUAUAUUCCGGUUGAUAUGUACGGGGGUUGUUUUAAGCUUAAGUGCCACAUAAACACUGAAGACUGCACCAAUUUGUUGACUCAGUAUAAAUUUUAUCUGGCAAUGGAAAACGGCAAUUGUCGCGACUACAUAACGGAGAAAGUUGGUCAGCCGUUGUUUGUCUGGAAAGCUGUUCCGGUUGUGAUGGGUGGGGGAGAUCCCUCGGAUUACGAACGACACCUCCCGCCGGGUUCCUAUAUCCACAGUUCUGGGUUUGAAUCGCCUGAACAUCUAGCUAACUAUCUGUUGUUCCUGGAUAAAAACCCAGCACUGUACGAGAUGUAUCACCAGUGGAGAAAAACUCAUGACGGCGACAAUGAUUUGGUUGCAGGAUUUCGCGACGUUUGCCAGGCUUUGUACGAUGGUGACACAAAGCCCAGUCAAACGUACCGAGACUUUUCUGAAUGGUAUGCAGAAGACACAUGCAAGCCCUAGUUUUUAAGAGGUCAAUGAUGGAACAUAAAAUUUAUACUUUAUAAGAUUAUGAUAAUUUUUUGUAUUGAUCCCAAAACUGAAAUCUGGGCAAAGAAAAGGAAAGAAAAAAGAAAACAUUUUUAUAAUGCAAUCUGUCUUCAACUGUCUUGAUAACAAUGGUUUACAUGAAAUGUUAUAAGGGUAGGAAAAACAAAAAGAAACACGAUCGACGUCAAAAACAAACCAGCCACAGUAGGCAGUAUUUCCGUAUUGUUGUCAACAUUUUGUUCGUGCUUACAUUCAUUCACACAGUCUGAUGGAACUUGCAACAUCUUACUGACCAGGGUAUGUCUAAAGAAACAUGGAUACCUAAGUGGAAAGGUCAAGGCCUGCUUUUUUGAGUAAAAUUAGCCACAAUUUGUAAACGUGAUUUUUAUUGGUUAACACUUUUUGGCGUUGACAAAUUAACAUUGAUUUGUGUAAUUGAGGGUAUAACUUAGGUUAGAAUAUUACUCCGCCACUUUGAAAGCUUUCUUUCAUUGGUUAUUCUAGGCCAGAAACCAUAAUUUCACUAGUUGAUUAUGAUAACAAUAGCGUGUCGCUCUGGAGUGGAAAUAUCGCGGUUGUUGUGUGAGAAAACUUUUACAAUAAAACGUAUUAUACGCAAACUUAGCAUCGCGCACAUAGGUAGACAUUUUAAAUUUAUUGAGGCCAUGCUGAAAUAAUUGAAGGAUGAUUGAAGCAACCUGGUGUCAGUUUCGUCAUGCGUACUCCGUGUUAAGUAACGAUUAGCUACGUGCGCUGCGUACGCUGUCAUGUCAGUUAAGGUAUGAGGGCAAAUUCGUGAAUCCGAAACCUGGAAACGAAGUAAACAAUGUUAUAUAAUUCCUCUGCAGCCAACAAAUAUUCGUCCGGGUUGCCUCCCACAAUUAUGCUGGUAAUAAUGCCAUAAGUUAAUUACACCAAUUGAAUUAAAAAGUCAAUUAGCCACAUGGCCGACGGUCCAAAUAUUGAGUUUUAAUAAAUACAUUCAUCCACUAAAUGGUUGUGGAAAAAGAAACUGAAAUAGAGAUAUGUUUUUGUGGAGACUUCAUUCUAUAUGUUAAUUAAUUGAAUGCCUGAGUUUCGGUAUAGUAUAAGUAACUUACUUAACAUUAUUAUCAUUACAAAAAUGUAAAUUUGUUGUUGUUGUUUUUUAAACAAUUUUACAUCUGACAAGUAUAAUUAGUUCAAUAUUAUUUUUUUCAUUAUUCAUGCCUAUAUUUAGUACAUCUAUUACUGUUACAUCAAUAAAAUGUU